GUGCGCGUUAGAAUCCCUCAGGGCUGUUCUAUUUCCACCGCGAAGAUUGGGAAUCGGAGCGAAUGGGCAAUGCAGAUGGCUAUGGCCUCAGUUCAUCUGAAAUUGACAACGCCUUUGGAUUGAAAUAGAAAAGAGAAGAAAUCCGAAACGAAGAGCGUUUUAAGUGAGAAAUGAAGCAGGAGGACGGCAACCGUGGAGCGGGCGUUUCUGGUUCUCGUCGGACGCGGUCUCAGAUAGCACCGGAUUGGACCGCCGCGGAGUGCCUCGUUCUCGUUAAUGUGAUUGCGGCUGUGGAGGCGGAUUGUUUAAAAGCUUUAUCUAGCUAUCAGAAAUGGAAGAUUGUUGCAGAGAACUGCACGUCUUUGGAUGUGGCAAGGACUUCGAAUCAGUGCCGAAGGAAGUGGGACUGUUUGCUGAUUGAACAUGAUGUUAUCAAGCAAUGGGAGUUAGAGAUGCCGGAUGAUGAUUCGUACUGGUCUUUGGAGAGUGGAAGGAGAAAAGAAUUGGGACUUCCUGAGAACUUUGACAAGGAGCUGUUUAAAGCAAUCGACAAUGUCGCUACGAUGAGAGCAAAUCAGUCGGAUACGGAGCCGGAUAGCGAUCCCGAGGCUGGGGUCGAGAUGCUUGACGAAAUUUCAGAACCUGGCCCCAAAAGGCAACGGCGUCGUUCAAUUUCCAAGAGAAGCCAAGCUCUUGAAAAAUCCCUAGAAUGUGAAGAAGAAGAUGAAGAAAAGCCUCCAUUAAACUCUCCAGAAGCAGAGCCACGUGAAUGUUUCAUCAAAAGCAAUGGAGAAAAACAGAUAGAUAGCCUUGAACUGGAAGAAGAGCAAAUGAUGACAAAGAAAUUGCUCGAAAAUGUAGAACAAAUUCAAGCAAUCGUGUCUGAGAAUGCAGAAUAUGCAACUUCGGAUGAAAAGAACACCAACCACCGAAUUGAUUCGGUGAGGCGCCAGGGGAACACGCUUAUCAGAUGUCUUGGAGAUAUUCUCAAUGCCAUCAAUGAUCUCCAUGGCCUGUUUGAAGACCGCGAGUGAUUCUCAUUUUGUUCAUUAACCCGCCAAGUAAGAGCUGUUCUCCAAUGGUCUCCUCAACUCUGUGUAAAUUUUUUUGUUAAAAGGCCAUGUUAGAUAAACUCAUGUUUAGCUCGUCUUACAGCUUUGAAUCUUUCCCAUUUCUCUUCCUACAGACAGAAUGUCAAGUUCGCCGUGCGAGCAACAGCAAAACGUUGCUGACAUUUUCCAGGUUACAGAAAUCGAAUCGAGUGUUUAUUAAUGGAUC